AUGGGUGAAUGGAUAGAACUCUCUAAAUACCCGCAACCAACACAAACUGGUCAGUGUAACCGUGUUAAAUAUGAGCUGUCAGAAAGUCCUUAUGGCGAAAUAUCCGUAUUGAACAGCCAAGUUGUUAAUGAAGAACUAGCAACGAUAUCAGGAGUGGCUAAUGCCAGCAUUGAUGGAACAGGAAAGUUGGAAGUUCAUUACAAUAAUGUAAAUGGAGUAUCAGACUAUUAUGUCCUCGCAGUCAAAUAUGACGAAUAUGCUCUUAUGUACAGCUGCUCCAAUUCAGGAAACGGAUAUCGACGAGUCGGCAGUUGGGUGCUUAGUAGAACAGGGACUCUGAGCGCAACGGCCAAUACAGCAAUUGAUCAAGUCAUAAGCCAAACAAAAGGUCUAAUUAAAGAGUAUUACCUACCCACAAGUCAAAGUUCUGCAUCGUGCUUCCACUAUCCAAAGUUUGAUGAACCACAGCAAUUCAUCGAACUGCCUGGCCCCUGCGACACCAGCAUCAGAGGUAUUCCGGACUUCAACGUCUCUGCUUAUGAAGGCACAUGGAUAGAAGUCGCUAGAUACCCACAGCUGAUGCAAGCUGGACAGUGUAACCGUGCUAGUUAUACUCCAAUUGCUGGAGGCGCCGUUUCUGUGAUGAACAGCCAAAUUAUAAAUGGAGAAAUGACCACUUUACAAGGAACAGCCGUUGUUGCACGCGAUGAUGGAACUGGGGAGUUCGAAGUUUCUUUUAAUGUUAAUAAUGAGAUCAGGCGAUCCAACUACUACGUACUGGCAACCAACUACCUCAGUUAUGCACUUGUAUACAGCUGCGUCAAUGUAGACAACGGAAACAAACAACGAGUUGGCAGCUGGAAACUAAGUAGAUCCGGAACACUGACUGCCCAAGACAUUGCUGCUAUUGAUGCAGUGGUUAGCAGAACUCAAGGUCUCCAUGAAGACUAUUACCAGACCACGGAUCAGAGUGCUGAAACGUGUUUCUAUUAUCCCAACAUUGCUCUAAAUGAUGACAUCAUAUUACCUGGCCAGUGUGAUCAGACCGUUUCCGGAAUUCCGGACUUCGACGUGAAUCAGUUCCAAGGAAACUGGUACCAGAUUAAAAGAUACGAUCCUGUAACAACCACUUGUGUUGGUGGAAGAUUUACUCCAGAAUCCGACAGCAUCAACAUUAUUUCAUAUGAAGUGGUAAAUGGAGAAUUAUCAAUUAAGGAAGGCACAGGCAGAAUCAAUACUACUAAUAAUUUCGGUCAAAUAACUGUAAUCUUGCCAGUUGCGGGCUCAGAAGAAAGUGCUGAUACCAUAGUCUAUAUACUGGCUACAGACUACACCAGUUACGCGUUAGCGUAUAGUUGCACCAACGUAAAUGCCUUUCAACGACAAAUUCGUGCUUGGCAGUUGAGUCGUGGAAGGACUAUGUCACCAGAUGGAGAGACAGCCAUCGCAGGUGUGAUACAACAAAGACAAGAGCUCCAUGAACCGUAUUUCAGAACAGUUGAACAAAAUGAUAACUGUCAAGAACCCAAUUUCAGUUCAGCAUUUUUAUUCAAAAGCAGUAUUGUUGUACUCUGUGUAUGCGCCAUAUUUCAAUUAUUUUUGUAA